AUGCGACCUUCUGUAGCUUUACGAGAGUUACAUGUGGCUCUCGUGGGUAUGUCGGGCUCAGGUAAAUCAGCAAUUGCAGUAAAGUAUAUAACUAAAAGGUUUAUUGGCGAAUAUGAUUCGUUGUUAGAAGAUACUUAUUGUCGCCAAGAUAUGGUUGAUGGGCAAUCAUUAAUGGUAUGGGUAAUGGACACUGUUGAUGACGCUAACAGAGAUGAGAUGCGAUGGAUGGCUUGGGCUGAUGUUUUCGUUGUGGUUUAUGAUGUUACCAGCCAACUCAGCUUACAGUAUGCAGAAAACAUUCUAGAGCGGAUUAGCAAACAUGAGCACGUAUUAUGUGCUAGAGAGCACAAAACUAUUCUAUUAGGUAACAAGAAUGAUCUCGAACGCUAUAGACAAGUUCCUGAAUUAGAGGGAGAGUCUGUAGCUGCCAAAUACAAAGCUCAGUUUUCUGAAUUCGCUGCAACUGGUGAUAGUCGUCCUCUAUCACAAAUAUUCCAUUCAUCUUUCAAAAGCAUUGUUAACGGAACCCGCAGUCCAUCUCCUCGUCUCUGCUCUUCAGACUCUGAAAUAGUAUCAUCACGUAAAUCCAGUGGCUUUUCUCUCCGUUCUUCUAGUCGUUCAAGCCAAUUGAGAGCUAAAGCUCCAAAACCUGUCCAACUCCAUAAAACCCCUAGUCUCAGUAAAAUAAAGACCGGUAGUAAACUACUAAAGUUGUUUCAUAACUAG